AUGGCGGAUAGCAGAGAAGCACCAUGGAAAGGCCGUUUUGCCAAGGUGCAAGUUAGAGAAGAUGAUCUUCCUUCGUUGCUUCCGGCGCAGACAGGUUUAUCGUUCAAUAUAUGGUAUAACAAAUGGUCUCAAGGUCAAGGCAGUGGAUCAAGGUUUGUCAAUCCGUACAGGUUAGAUGCAGAUCAGGAUUCAGGGUUGACGCAAGGUGAACAAGAGGGCGAGGUGUUUUUCUGUGUGUACUUUUCUAAAGGUAUGUGCUGUAUGGGGAAGAGGUGCAGAUAUUUGCAUCACAUUCCUGAUGAGGAAGAUGUUGCGAAGCUUGCGAUGAAGUCAGAUGUGUUGGAUUGCUUUGGUCGGGAGAAGUUUUCUGAUUAUAGGGAUGAUAUGGGCGGUGUUGGAUCUUUUAGAAGGAAAAACAGGACCCUUUAUGUUGGUGGUAUACUGGGUGGAUUAAACAAUAAGGUAUUGAAAGCUGCACAGAUAGAGGGUAGGAUUCGAUAUGUAUUUUCACAACUAGGCAAAAUUGAUAGAAUAAGGUACGUUGAGGAUAAGAAUUGUGCUUUUGUAAAGUUCAAGUAUCAAGUCAAUGCUGAGUUUGCCAAAGAAUGUAUGAGUAAUCAAACAUUGUUGAUACCUUCCGAUAAGGAAUGGGAUCAAAGGAAAGAAGGUACGGGAUUGUUGGUUAAAUGGGCUAGAGAUGAUCCCAAUCCUGCAGCACGGAAACUUGAAGAGGAGGAACAGAAGAAGGAGUCAUUCAGGGUGAUGGUUCAGCUUCUUGAGAAGCAGGAACAAAAUAUGAACAAACGUGCCGUGGAUAUAGAACCACAGGAGACUGAGGAAGGGCAUUUGCAGGGGAUUAUUUCGGAGGAACUAAUUUUUAAGCUAAAGAAAAGAAAGAGAACUGCUGUUGGAUCCUCCAACGCUGUACCCGAGAGUAAGCGUACAAAACCGCGCCCAUUGGUUGAAUAUCCUUCUUCCGAAGAAGAUUGA